CUAUAUUUAUCAAACAUUUGACAGUGGAGAUUAAUUUGCCUUUAAUGGUUGCAGAGAAUUUGUUUACUCACUUCAAUCUUAUUUAUCAGAAUGAACCUAUAUUUUCAGCUAAAGCAUUUUGCGCAGAUGUUUCUCAAGGCCUUCAAAUCAGGUCCUUAUCGGGACACGGUUGAGACUUGUUUUUUACCGUUAUAUAAAACCCUGUACUGCUUAUGCAAGUCAGGACAUUCUCCUCAUAGUAUCCUACAGGAAGAGAAAAUGAAGGCUUUCCUCAUCAUCCUUUCCUUGGUUGGCCUCUGCUAUGGACAGUCGAAGCUUGGAAAGUACAAUCUCGAGAGCGCCGUGUCUGUCUCCGGACUGUCCUCAGGAUCAUACAUGGCCAACCAGUUCCAUGUCGCCCAGUCUAAGAGGAUCAUUGGAGCUGGCCUCUUUGCUGGAGGACCAUAUUACUGUGCAAAAGGAAGCAUGAUGACUGCAACGACUACCUGUAUGUCAUCGCCCCUGAGCAUCAAUGUGGACUCGCUGAGGACCCAGACCCAGAGUUAUGCCAACCAAUUGCUCAUUGAUCCUGUUUCCAAUCUUGCCAACAGCAGAGUGUUCAUCUUUUCUGGAACUCGUGACACCACUGUAGUUCCAGGUGUGGUGAAAAAGCAGGAAGACUAUUACGCAUCCUACAUCUCCAGUGGUGGAGCCUUAAAGACUGUGUAUGACAUUGCAGCUGUGCAUGGAAUGCCCACUGACUUCUACGGAGGAGCCUGUGGGUCAACCAACCUUGAAUACAUCAACAACUGUGGCUACAAUGGGGCCUUUGAGGCUCUCAAUCACAUCUACGGGGGAACUCUGCAGGUGAGUUGGGUCUUCAUCAUCUGUAACAUCUGAAUAUUUUAAGACAGUACUUUAAUACAUAUACUCCUGUCAUUUCUCCUCACAGAAGCCAAGCAGUGGUGCCGCCCUCACCGGACAGGUAAAAAGUGAAAUCUAAUAGGUUGUAUCUCCAACCCAAAUAUAUAGCUCCCAUAUUAGUUCUUUAGUUAAUACCGGGUGUACCUGUGCAGCCCUAACCAUACCGUGAUAUUCUAUCAAUGUCAA